UCGACGAAUACGAACAAUCCAGCAAACGGAACAAGGCCUCUUUGACGGCUUACCACUCACUGCUCGACGACACGUGGAAACAGUACAGAGAAUUACAAGAUGAACUAGAAGAUUUAGGCGAGCGGGACGACGCGCGCGUUUCCGAAAUAACUAACAUAUAUUAUGACCUGGUAGUACGAUUACACAUUCUCAUGGAUGAUGCACCAGCAUCGUCGUCGAAAUCGCCAAACUGCGAUUCGCCCAAUGUCGCCGAGCCGACGGAAAUUAAACUACCAGAGAUUCAGUUACCUAAUUUCGACGGUGCCAUCGAGAAUUGGCAUUCUUUCUAUGACGCAUUUUCGUCCACGAUAGAUCGAAGCGAUCGUCUCACUGCCGUACAGAAGUUCCACUACCUUCGAUCUUCUUUAACCGGAAAGGCCGCGCGAAGCAUCCAAUCGUUGAACGUUACGGAAAUUAAUUAUCCCAUCGCGAUUGAUAUUCUGAAGGAAAAAUUCGACUGCCACCGUCAAAUCUGCAUGCGCCACUGGGACUUGAUAUUCGACUAUCCAAAAAUAAACAAGGAGACACCCGAAGCAAUCGACGAUCUUUUGGAGACGGUCAAGGCAAAUCUCCAAGCCUUGGAGAAGCUAGGUGAGCCGAUAACGUCAAAUGUUGUCCUUAUUCAAUUGCUUACUUCCAAAUUACCGUCCGCCAUCAUUCGUAAAUGGCAACGAACGCUACCGGAUAAAAAGAUGCCGUCCUAUACACAUCUGGUAGACUUCCUCAAAACACGGACGAACGGCGACAGAACAAGCCCGACGACCACGACAAAAAAAACGUCCGACAAACACAAUCGACAACGACAACACGCGCCGCGAAGCAUCACCUUCGCCACUACACAUAGGCCGACGGCGUGUCCAAGUUGCAAGGGACAACAUAAAAUAUGGCAUUGCGAGGUCUUCAAGGCGAAGUCGGUCAAAAAUCGCCUUGAAAUCGUCAAAAGGGCUUCCCUAUGCACCAAUUGUCUAGGCCAAGGGCACACUAUCGCCCAGUGCUCUGCCGGUUCAUGUCGCAUAUGCAGACAGCGACAUCAUACAUACUUGCAUCGACACCAACGUCACGGCAAGUCACGACCUUCGAGCGGUCGAUCGUCGAGCGACCGAUCAUCGAGUGGACGCUCUACACCUAGCUCACCGACUCCUCGCGAAACGGGCACUUAUACAGAUUCUAAUUCUUCCAGCUUGAACGUCGAGAACGUUAUCCUCGUUGCUGGUUUCUCAAGACUGCAUAAUGCUGCAAGUCAAGGCGAGUAA